CAGACUUUAGUACUGGCCUGGCUGAUUACUCCUACUAUCGGAUCCACAUAUUGAACAUCGCAGUGUUGUCGAGGAGGCUGAAACACGGUCAGGCGUAUGGACAGGCGCCCGUAGCUCCGGUGUCUCUGUCUAUCUAUCCGUGCACAAAACGGACUACACCGACGAGUCAUUUUUGGCACCUAUCCGGGCUCCUUUCUGCGCUCCGGCGUCUCCACUGCAGGGCCUCUUCAGUUUACAGGAAAAAAGUGGGUGUUUGCUGCUCACUGGUGUUUCGGCAGCGGCGGCGGCGGCGAGCGCAGCGAAGUGUCCUCGAUGGCUGGCUGGAAGGACGGCUCGGUGCAGGAGAAGUAUCGGCUGGUUGUGGUCGGAGGCGGCGGUGUCGGGAAAUCAGCCCUGACUAUCCAGUUUAUUCAGUCGUACUUUGUCACUGACUAUGACCCCACUAUUGAAGACUCCUAUACCAAGCAGUGUGUGAUUGACGAAAGGGCGGCCAGGCUCGACAUCCUCGACACGGCUGGACAGGAAGAGUUUGGAGCCAUGAGAGAACAAUACAUGAGGACAGGGGAGGGCUUCCUGCUCGUCUUCUCAGUCACUGACAGAGGAAGCUUUGAAGAAAUCUACAAAUUCCAAAGACAAAUUCUCCGAGUCAAAGACAGAGAUGAAUUCCCUAUGAUCCUUGUAGGAAACAAAGCAGAUCUGGAACUACAGAGACAAGUAACCCAGGAAGAGGGCCAGCAGCUGGCCAGACAGCUGAAGGUCACAUAUAUGGAGGCUUCAGCCAAAAUCCGUAUGAACGUAGACCAAGCUUUCCACGAGCUGGUUAGAGUAAUCAGGAAAUUCCAAGAACAGGAAUGUCCACCGUCGCCAGAACCUACAAGAAAAGAGAAAGACAAGAGCGGCUGCCAUUGUGUGAUCGUCUGAGUCAGCCUUAUCACUGUAACUCAUGCAGCUACUCUCUACCACCCCCCCCCCCCCCCCCCCAUCCACCCACCCACUCUGCCUGACAUCACAUCCUAAGUGGAUGACUGACCGCUGCCUUCUCCACGUGCAUGACUUCUGACAGCCUUUUCUGAGAUACUUUUGACCAGAAACUGCUGUCCCCAGGACAUCACUAUGGACAACUGACAAUGCCAAAUUUUAACACCACUCUACCUUCAGCAGUAAUCUAAUUCACAUGAGAGAGUCCCAACACUAAACAUUGCCUUCUAAAUCAGCCUGACAAAUUAAUGUUUUGUACUCUGAAGGACUUCUCUUGCCUUGUAGUGACGUUUGUACUUGCUACCGAGAUUGAAUGAAAAUUAUAUAUCCAGAAUGUUAAUGACUUUCUUUAGUUUCCAGUGUCUGAUCAGAGCAGAGAGAUUAUCUUAUGAAGCUUUGUGUAUGUUGUGCCAUAUCCAUCCUUACUCCCAUGUGCUAAUCUGCUACUGUACAUAAGUGACAUUUGUUGUGAUUUUCAAAGUGUAUUUCUAAUGACCUAUUAAAUCACCACAGUACAGUGUGUGAGGUUGAGUUUGGUUUUACAUAUAUGAAAGUGAAUAUAUAAGUAUGUAUAUAAAUAUAAUACCUAGACAGCCCUUAAAGCUACAAUGAUAGAACUUUCUGGCAUUCUGCAGUGGAUUCUUUACUUCGUCUGUGGUUUCUGCUUGCAUCUCAAUUGCCAAACAUGGAGUGUCUACUGUAUCUGAUUUUUUUUUUAAGUCUUAUAGAAUGAAGGGUUCUUAUCCUAUGCCAUCUCCUUAGUGUAUCGAAAGUAGCAAAUUUGUCUGAAUUUCUUUCCUCGCAGGUGGCAGUUCAGUCAAAAUUGGACGUCACACGUUUCAGAUUUCUAAGCAGUAGAGACAGAAUUAUUGGUAGCACAUUGUGUAGCUUUGAAAACUAACACGGUUUCAGAUCAAAACACUGAACACUGUAUGCUCUAUAUUCAACUUCAGACAAGUAAUGUCAACAGAUUCAUUUGUUGCAAAUCAAGAAGCUUUCAGAGCUCAGUUUAGUUCAGAUCAUUCCAAUGUGAUGCAUCAUUUCUGUCGAACAUUUAGUCAACAAUAUAAAUCACAUUACUGUUAUAUCAUUCCAGUAACACAGUGGCAAUGUAUUUGUUUUGUGUCCUUGAAUUAUUCUGUCCCACAACUUUUUUUCCCCCUGAUGGUUUGCCAGUUGGAAAACCAGGACAAGUGGAAGCACUGAGAUGUAUGUCGUAAAAAAAUCAACCCGUCUCCAAUGGGACAUGAACUCACCGGACCUGCCACCUGUGGAGCUAGCAUCACCACAGACACAAAAUACUGUUCUGCCUUCCCUUCCCACUUCUGUACUUCUGUUCGGGCAUAUAAAUGAAGUACUGCAGUUUGUUUUUCAUAUCAUCAUCUUGUAAUAUAAACAACAAGAAAAUCAGAUGAUGGAAGUAAUGGACUUGAUUAAAUGUUUCUACUCUACUUUUAUACAUUAUUUUCUUAUCAAACUAGUUGACAAGUAUUUUUAUAUGUUUAUAAGUGAAUACAUGUUCACAGCACAGCUGUGUAUAUAUGUAAAGAGGAAUAUUUAAUUCUCUUAUUUUAAACUGAAGAUGACUGUUGGCCCAAAUUUGCAAAAUUGGAUUUUUCACCCAGAUGUGACCAAGAAUGUCUUUUCUUAUCGUGGCUUAGUACUGGAGUAUUAAUAUUUAUCAUGGGGUGUUCACCACCAGCUCAAUGUAAAAUGCCAGGUCAGGAGGGAGACAGUCUUAGAAAUGAUUGUGGUCUUUAUAUAGGAGCUUUAAACCACAGAAAUGAAUUAUGAUAAUCACUGAGUAUUGAAAUACCCACUUCCCAUCUCAUUGCAAAUCCAAGUGUACAUCCAGAUCAUGCAGGUUUUUUUUUCUUUUUUUUCCGUUUUCUUCCAUAUCAGUGUCUUUUGCCCUGUGUCUAGCUUUUGGUGCUAAAAUAAAAUCUGUCAUUGAGCCA